AUGGUCAGCGCAGUUAGUAGACAGCUAGUCAACAGGCAGCUCAACAGGGUGUUGCUGCGCAAUGCCAGAAUUGCGCCCUUCGCUAGGGCAACGCGGUUUUACUCCUCAAAGUACGCACAGGAGAGCGAGAAUGCCAAGCGCCACAAGAUGGGGCUGCUGAUCGCGGGUGUUGCGGUUGCCGGUGCUAUUGUAUUCGUAACUCCACCACAGUGGAAGAAAUACUUCAGAGCCGCCAAGAAAGUCGAGGAAGUCGCUGAGUCCAAAGAGGACCCCGUCUCCGAGGCUGCUGAAGAAGUAUCUGAAUCCGUUCAAGAAUCUACCGAGGAACCACAACAGAGUCAGGAGAAGGAGACUGCUGAUGUGGGUAAUGAGCAAGCUCAAGACGAAAGCGCUUCAAGUGGCGAUUCUGAAGCCAAGAAGGCUCAUGACGAAUUCGCUGAUCAAAAUGAGGCCUCUGAGAAGGAAUCUGCUCCAAUGGGUGAAUCUGCCGACGCCGACCAAACUGCAAAAGAUGAAACUGUUGCCGAGAAGACAGGGAAUUCCAAAUCAGAGAGCUCAGAAUCUGACCAAUCUGAACAAGAUAUCCUAUCUAGCGACCUAGAAGAGACUAUGGAGACUGUCUCCGAAGCUGACAAGGAGCUACAUCAGAUAUCAGAUAAUACUGUUUUGUCAUCAGAGGAAGACAAGACACCUAAGGCCGAGGAAUUGAAAUCCACUAGCCCUUCUGGCAAUGAUGAAGAGCCAAAAAAGGAAGAUGACUCUAGUAAAACAAUUCACUCAUUAAAUAGCGAGAAAGAUAUGGAGGCUGUUGAAGAAGAGGUCAAACAAGAAAGUGCAUAUAAUCCAGAUACCGGUGAGAUUAACUGGGACUGCCCUUGUUUAGGUGGUAUGGCUCACGGCCCAUGUGGUGAAGAGUUUAAGGCUGCAUUCUCGUGUUUUGUGUACUCAGAAGCCGAACCAAAAGGUAUUGACUGUGUAGAGAAGUUCCAACACAUGCAAGAUUGUUUCAGAAGAUAUCCUGAACACUACGCUGAACAACUUGCUGAUCCAGCAGAUGACGAAAACGUCGACCAUGAAAAGAACCUGAGCGAAGGUAAGGAUACCGGAGUUGACAGCACUCCACCAAAGGAUGAAGCAUAUUUGAAGACUGAAAAGGAGAAGAAAAUCGAAGAAAAUGCUUCACCAGAUGAAGACACUGCCUCUAAAAAGGACUAA